AUGCAGGUCAACACAGCUACACCGCAGUGGCCCUCGCUCUACGACUUCUUUGGCACAGAGAUUGACCCUAUUUCGGGUCGAGAUCCCGUGCAGCCUCGAGGGCACUAUCUCUUUCACUUUACAGAUAUCUACCGAUUUACGCUAUACUGGACUUUAAUAUUCUAUACCCCAGCCUUCUUCUUCUGCGGGCUGUACGCCUUCCUGAACCUGACAUUCACUCAGCAGUCGCGAGUCCGCCGAUAUCUGUUCCUUGCUCCCAGGAAAUACCAUGCAGUUUCGACUUCUGUAGAUAUUCCUCUCAAGGUUCGCAGAGCGGCGCUCAGCCCCGAUCUUCCAGAAGGCCGGCGUUGUGGUCGGCCCAGAACGAGACAUAACGAGCGUCGAUCACGCCUGACUUUUGCGAUGCUGGUCGCCCUGGCGUUCGCCGUCUGCGCUGUUGGAGGCGCAGUGGUAGGUUCCGCAGUGACAGCCUAUGUCAUGGCAGGGCUUUUUAGGGCUGCUCGGUUCAACAUGUCUACCUGGAUACCCUUUUUCCUCGGGCUGAUACAGACUCUUAUAGGAUUCCUAGGACUAUGGCCUACAGUCAUAGAUAUCAUUUAG